AUGUUAGAUUACGAAACCUGUUUGGCAGCCUCAGCAGAUCGAAUAUUCCAAACGAGCUUCGUUCAGUUCUUCGAACGAAGCGAGCUUCGUUCACCUCUUCGAACGAAGCUCAAUAUGGAUGAUUCGAGAGUGGCAAAGUGCACCUAUGGUGGUGGAACUUUAAUGCUUAUUUUGUCUUCAACUACUACUUUUGAUUGGCUGUCCAACGAGUUGUGUAGUAGGUUCAAGCUGAAGUUAGGUCAUUUUGAGUUGAGGUACUCUUUUACGGAUUGCUCCAAUUGUUUAUUGGAAUUGGAUGAUGAUUUGAAAAUCAUGUUUAUGGUAUGUGGACUGACGAAGGAUCAAUUAAUUCACAUUGCUGUUAGGGAUAAGGCUGUAGUGAAUUAUGUUCAAACUGUUAAUACGAACAUAAUUGCUUCUCCUUUUUUGUUGGAGGCUGUUCCUAACAAUGACAGUUUUGCACAAGAUGAGGAUACAUGUAAAUAUUCAAGUCAAACUGGUAGUAUUGUUGAUUCAAGUGCAGCUUCUUCUUCUUGUUUGAGUAUGGAUUUUGAUGGUAUUAGCAGUGAGUAUGGAAAUGAAUAUUUAGGCAAAUAUGGUAGUUGUGGAGGUCGUAAGUAUUUGUCUACUGAUUGGGAGGGUUAUAUUACUCAUGAGGGUCAGAAGUUUGAGGGUGGAGUUUGUGAAUUCCGUGAUAAGUUGGCUAAGUACUCGAUUGAGAAUGGUUUUAAGAUGAAAUAUUUGAAAAAUGAGCCUCGUCGUGUUACUGCUGUGUGUGCUAAGAAGGAAUCAAAUGGCUGUGAGUGGCAUGUGCAUGCUGUUAAGUCGAAUGUAAAUGGAUUUUUUUAUAUUAAGAACUUAAAUAAUGCACACAGUUGCAGUGGUUUGAUUCGUGAGAAGAGAAAUAAGGCAAUGGGGUCUCGUUUGGUGUCUUCAAUUGUCAAAGAUAAGGUUCGUAGCAAUCCUUUGGUAAGGCCUAUUGAGCUGAUUACUGAUUUGAAGGAGAAUUAUGGAUUGGAUAUCCCUUAUCAUGUUGCGUGGUAUGGGAAGGAGUCGGCUACUAAGGAUUUGCAUGGUGAUGAGGAGUUGUCUUAUGCUCACCUGCCUUGGUAUGUGAAUGUUUUGAAGGCCAGCAAUGUCGGAUCUCAUUGUGUGCUUGACUGUGGCAAGGAUGGUUCUCGUUUCCAGCGGAUCUUUAUAUGUUUUAAGGCCUCCAUUGAUGGUUUUCGGUGGUGUAGGCCUAUGUUGUUCAUUGAUGGUACUUUCGUCACAAACAAGUACAAGGGUACUCUUCUAGGAGCUACUGCAAAGAAUGGAAAUAAAGAAGUAUUCCCUUUUGCCUUUGCGAUUGUAUCCCGUGAAACUGUGGACAAUUGGAGGUGGUUUCUGCAAAGGAUAUCUGAAGUCUUGGUGGAUGAAGGUAGGCAACUUACAUUCAUUUUUGAUAGGCAUGGUGCUAUUAUCGAUGCUGUUAGGACUGUUUUUCCUGCUUCUCCCCAUGGUUUUUGUCUAUAUCAUUUGAAAGAGAACUUGAAAAAGAAGUAUCCGCAUGCUGUUGGUUCCUCUUUCAAGGAUCAUAUUUUAUGGCUUUUUUGUAAGUUGUUGUAUGCACCGACUGUUGAGGAAUAUCAAGAUACGUUGAAAAAAUUAAGAGAUGAUGGCAGUUCAAAAAUAAUUGAUAAGUUUUUGGCUGAUCUCCCUGUCCAAAAUUUUGCUAAUGCAUUUUUUCCGGGAAAGAGGUAUGGGGAGGUUAGUAAUGCCUUGUCCGAGUCGUUUAAUUCAUGGGUUAAGGAUGUGCGUAGGCUUCCAAUUUAUGAGAUGAUUGACACUGUUAGGAUCAAAAUGAUGGAGAUGAUUUCUAGGAGGAAGCUUGCAUCCGAGAAAUGGAGUAGUGUUUUGUGUCCUGUUAUUGAGGAUGAGUUGAAGAAUUUAGCUGCAAAGGGUCGUCAUUGGAGGAUAUGUCGCGCGAGUGAAUCUAUUUUUGAAGUUCAUGCUGAUUUGAGUGUUAUGGUCAAUUUGGACGAGAGGUUUUGCUCCUGUUAUCAGUGGCAAUUGCUUGGGUUUCCGUGUCAGCAUGCGAUUCAAGUUAUCCAACAUUCCGGGUUAUGUUUGUACAACUUUGUGGAUGAGUAUUACAAGGCAGACUUUUAUAGGGCUACUUAUGCAACCCCUAUAUUUCCCAUACCUGAUAUUGAGAAGCCUCCUCCUGGAGAUGUUUUUCUUCUACCUCCUCAUACAAGAAAGCCUCCGGGACGACCUCCAACAAAGCGCUUCAAGUCAAGCAGUGAAACUAAAAGGCAGGUGAAGUGCAAGAGAUGCGGUUCUUGUGAUCGUCAUAAUAGGAGGACUUGCAAGGUUCCUAUUUGA